UUUAAAUUGGUAAACUUCACUUUCCGUCGAAGCUUCCUUCAACUGGUCAGUAACGCUAACGUGAACUCUACUGCCUCUUUGAUUCACAAAUUACUAAUUCACAAAUUACACCCGAAUAAGAGUCUGAAGUGAGGGGAAGCUCCGUGUGUACUUGUGACACAUCAAAUGGUCAAACAAGAUCACAUCAGCAGCUCUGAGUUGUUCGUUGAGCUGCUAACGUUAACGUUACCCUAAAUGUGAAGCACCACGGUACAGGAUGGACAAGCUUUCUGUGGGAGAUAAAGCUGCUCCAAGCAGACUGAACCGCUGGGUGGAUCCAUCCUUCACUGAUUUGCAAGGGGAAACCUUUGCUACGUCCAAAAGGAAAAAGGGCAGCCAGGUAUUGCGCUCCAAGGCAGAGCCCAAGAGGCCCAGGAAGACGACAGGACCGGCCAUUAGCUCAGAACCUCACACGUCCUACCUCCUGAAAGAGUCAGCCCAGAGGAACCAGGACGACCCUUGGGUGGACAGAUACUCGCCCCGUUCACAGGCUGAGCUAGCUGUCCACAAGAAGAAGAUAGAAGAAGUGGAGAACUGGAUGAGAAUUCACUCAAACGCAUCAAAGGGUGGGAUCUUGCUGCUGACGGGACCAUCAGGCUGUGGAAAGACUGCCACAAUCCAGGUUUUGUCUCUGGAACUGGGCCUCAGGGUUCAGGAGUGGACCAACCCCACCAACGUGGAGCCAUACAGCAGCAGUCAGCACGAAUGGAGGAUAAAUGGUUCAUCCUACAGCUCCCAGUUAGUCCAGUUCCAGGACUUUCUCCUUAAAGCGAACAAGUACAACUGCCUGAGGAUGGUGGGGGAUGGAGGAGCCGCAGACAGGAAGCUCAUACUGGUGGAAGAUUUCCCAAAUCAGUUCUACAGGCAGCCUGGCAGCCUACAUGAUACCCUGAGGCGCUUUGUGAAGACCAAUCGAUGCCCCCUGGUGUUCAUAGUGUCAGACAGUCUGAGUGGGGACAGCAGCUCACGCUUUCUUUUUCCCAGAGAGAUCCAGGAGGAACUGGACAUCAGCAGCAUAAGCUUUAAUCCGGUGGCUCCAACCACAAUGAUGAAGGUCCUGACUCGAAUUUCAACCCUGGAGGCAGGAAAGCAGAGCUGUGGGAGAAUGUGCGUCCCAGACCAGGCAGUGUUGGAAACGCUGUGCUCAGGAAGCUCAGGAGAUAUUCGCAGUGCCAUCAACAGCCUCCAAUUUUCCUCCCAUCCAGACACGUCAUUGGAAAAGGGGCUGUGGAGGAUGAAGAAGGACAGACAUGUGGCUUCCACAACAAACCAGAGAAGGAAGAAGUCCAAAUUGACAAAGGAGAAGGAAGAGGUGCAGGCUAUUGGGGGGAAAGAUGCCUCUCUGUUCCUCUUCAGAGCUCUGGGAAAGAUCUUGCACUGCAAACGAGGGAAACAUGAAGGUGCUGAAGCAGCAGAAUGUGUCCAUGGACCUGCUCUACCACCUCACCUGUCUGAUCAUCACAGAGAAGCAUUACUUGUGGACCCAGAGUUGGUUGUUGAGCGUUCUCACAUGUCUGGAGAGUUCUUCAACCUGUACCUUCACCAGAACUACCUGGACUUCUUCUCUGAGGUGGAGGAUGUGGAGCGAGCCAGCGAGUACCUGUCUGAUGCUGACCUCCUCACUUCUGAUUGGGCGAGUCGCAGCACUAUGGAGCAUUAUGGGUAUUCAGUGGCCACCAGGGGGCUCCUUUACUCCAACUCUCAACAAGUCUCUGUUGGCUUCAGACCACUUCACAAACCCAGCUGGCUGCUGGUCAACAAGAAGCACCGAGAGAACUGCCUGGCUGCUCAGUCACUGUUCAGGAGCUUCUGUCUGACACCAGUCAGCCUGCAGACUGAACUGCUGCCAUACCUGGCCAAACUUACCAAUCCUAUGAGGAACCAAGCUCAGAUAGCUUUUAUCCAGGACGUGGGUCAGAUGUCACUGAGGAGGUUCCCCAACAGAUUAAAACUGGAGGCUCUGACAGACAAAGAGCCAGCUCAGCUGGAGGAAGAUAGCGGGGAGGAAAAGGAAGAGGAAGAGGAACCUCAGCAUGGGGGUGAGGAGGGACUGCCAGCCAGUCAGCCCCAACCUACGACAAGCCAAGUCCUUUUGGAGGAGGAGGACCUGAUCAUAGAGGACUAUAUCAGUGACUAACACACAAAACUCUGCCAUACAUCCACUGUCAUACUGUGACACAGAUUCACUUCUUCAUCGUCAGUGCCUUUGUUGUAUGGAGUUUUUUUGAAAUUGAGUAUUUGGUUAGUAUGGAGGCAGAUUAGUGCCAUGCAAAAUAUGAAAAUGAGUUCUGAGAUUCAUUUUUGACAUUUUUGAGGAAAAACAUUGUUACUGUUAAAAUGUUCACUAGUUUCGCCCGCAGAAUUCUGACUUCAAUCUUUGACAACUUUGACUUUUUUUCCACAGUUGUAAGACUGAUCCCAGAACUCAAAGAACUUUCCAUGUAACCAUAACAUCUGGUAUUACCCGUACUUUUGCCUUUUUUAGGUUUCAUCUGUAAAAUAUGUGAUACAUUUUUCAAACAAGGUCGUUGUCCUGUAGAACCUGAACUGAAUGUGAUUCUGUUGCUUGAAACAGGCUCAUAGUACUAUGAAAGUAUGGGGAUAAAUUGUAAUAAUCUCCUGAAGUGACCCUUAACAGUUCACUUGUACCAGUUGAAAUAUUGUCAGUAUUUAUUUGUUUUAAGUGCAAAGUGUUCAGCACUUGUUUUUGUAUUUAACAUCCUUUUGUUUCUCUCAGUGACUGUUGAGCCUAGAUUAACCUGUAACUGAGGACUGCCCAGGAACAAGCCCGACCUUUGACUGACAUUUUGUUACCAUGAAAGGAUGGGAAAAUAAAGAAUAUUACAGUAAAAGCUUAUUGAGGGAUAAGUUGUUUAAAUCUAAAUAAGCCUGUGAAUAAAAAUAAUGUGUAAAAGGUGA